AUGGACUCAAUUCUUGAUUUUUCAAAGGAUUUUGACGUCAACGCCCUUGACAAAAUCGUCGACACCUUUUACAAAAGCUCAGGCUCUGAACAACAAACUGCUCAAGAAAUCCUAACAAAAUUCAAACAACACCCAAACUCCUGGGAAAAUGCCGGUCUCAUAUUAGAACAAUCAAACGACUCAAGAUCAAAAUUCAUAGCCCUAUCAAUCCUAGAAAACCUAAUUCAAACAAGAUGGAUGGCUCUUCCUAACGAUCAAAGACUAGGCAUUCGAAACUUCCUAGUCAACAUGAUAAUCGCUCUCUGUGAGAACGAAGACCAGUUCCAAGCUCAAAGAUCUCUAAUCAACAAAUGCGAUCUCACCCUCGUCCAAAUCUUGAAAAAGGACUGGCCCCACAACUGGCCCCAGUUCAUCCCAGAACUAGUCGCCUCUUCAAGAGCUGGCUUCAGUGUCUGCGAAAACAACAUGAUCAUCUUGAAAUAUCUAUCCGAAGAAAUCUUUGACUACUCUGCUGACCAAAUGACUCAAAAGAAGACAAAAACACUUAAAGAAAACCUAUCAAACGAAUUCCAAGAAAUCUUCAAACUAUGCUACGAAGUCCUCGAUAAAGCAAAUCAACCCUCUUUAAUCGUAGAAACCCUAUCUGCCCUAUCAAGAUACCUCCACUGGAUUCACUUUGGCUACAUCUUUGAAACUAAUCUACUAGAACUACUAACAAACAAAUUCCUAUCCCCCCCUGAAACAAGAUCAAUCACAAUCAAAUGCCUCAUCGAAGUUAGCUCCUUAAUUGAGCCCAAAUACAACGACAACUUCUUCCUAAUGUUCCAAAACAGCUUGGAGAAAAUUUCACAAUUCCUCCCAGUAACAACCGAUCUAAGAGAUUCCUAUAGAUUAAUAUCCGCUACUGAACAAGCCUUUCUACAAGAUCUAGCCAUGUUCCUAUCAACUUUUCUAUCAAUUCAUAUCCUAGACCUAGAAAAACAAGAACUAUCCAAAUCUAUCCUACUAACCGCCAAUGAAUACCUAAUCCAACUCUCAAGAAUCGACGAAAGAGAACUUUUCAAAAUCUGUAUCGACUACUGGAGCAAACUCGUCUUUGGCCUAUUCACUGAAGUCCAAAACUUACCUAAAAACGAACUAUCCCCAAUUCUCCAACUAAGCUUUGGCUCUGCUCUAAAUCCUUCCUCGGGCGCUCCAAAUCCGGAAUAUCUAAAUAAAUUCCCCCUAAGAAAACAUCUCUACAAUGACAUACUAUCAAAACUAAGACUAGUUGUCAUUGAAUCAAUGGCAAGACCCGAAGAAGUCUUGGUUGUUGAAAAUGACGAAGGUGAAAUCGUCAGAGAAUUCGUUAAAGAAAGUGACACAAUCACUCUAUACAAAUCAAUGAGAGAACUAUUAGUCUACCUAACUCAUCUAGAUGUUCUUGACACUGAGCAAAUUAUGACUGAAAAACUAGCCAAACAAAUCGACGGCACUGAAUGGUCAUGGCACAACAUCAACACCCUCUGUUGGGCAAUCGGCUCAAUCUCAGGUACUAUGUCUGAAGAAAUGGAAAAAAGAUUCUUAAUCACAGUUAUUAAAGACUUGCUAGCACUCACAGAAAUGAAAAGAGGUAAAGACAAUAAAGCCGUCGUCGCUUCAAACAUCAUGUAUAUUGUCGGCCAAUACCCAAGAUUCUUAAAAGCUCACUGGAAAUUUCUCAAAACUGUCGUCAACAAGUUAUUCGAAUUUAUGCAUGAAACUCACGAAGGAGUUCAAGAUAUGGCUUGUGACACCUUUAUAAAAAUCGCUAAGAAAUGUAAAAGACAUUUUGUUUGCCUACAAUCAAAUGAAGUUGAACCCUUUAUCUCAGAAAUAAUUAAAAAUAUCCAAGAUAUCACCGAAGAUUUAUCUCCUCAACAAGUUCACACCUUUUACGAAGCAUGUGGUAUCAUUGUUAGCUCUCAAAACAAUACUCAAACACAACAAAAAUUGAUAAGCGAUUUAAUGUCUCUACCAAAUAUUGCUUGGGAAGCUAUAGUCCAACAAAGCUCAAAUAACUCAAACCUAUUAACAAGCAAUGAAACCGUCAAAAUUAUCGCUAGUAUCAUCAAAUCAAAUGUAGCCGUUUGUAAGCAUCUAGGUGAUGCCUUUUACUCUCAGUUGGGUUUGAUAUAUGUUGAUAUGCUAUCUUUAUACAGAGUGGUUAGUGGUAUGAUCUCUGAUACCGUUGCUACUCAAGGCUUAAUUGCCACUAAAACCCCGAAGGUUCGUGGUUUAAGAACAAUCAAAAAAGAAGUAUUACAUCUUGUUGAGGUUUAUAUAUCCGGUGCUGACAAUAAAGAAGAAAUUGUUAAAGAUUUAAUACGACCAUUGUUUGAAGCCGUUUUAGAUGAUUAUAAUCGUAACGUUCCCGAUGCAAGAGAUGCUGAAGUCUUAAUUUGUAUGACCACCGUUGUUGAUAAAGUUGGUGAGCUCGUUCCUGAGGGAAUUGUUUUAAUACUACAAAAUGUCUUUGAUUGCACAAUCAAUAUGAUAAACAAAGACUUCACCGAGUAUCCCGAACACAGAGUUGAAUUUUAUAAAUUGUUGAAAAUAAUUAACGAAAAAUCAUUUAUCGCUCUAUUACAGUUAUCUGGCAAUGACUUCCAACAGUUCAUUUCCGCCAUCUCAUGGGCUUUUCAACAUAAUAAUAGAGAAGUUGAAACCUGCGGUUUACAAUUAGGUAUCCAAUUAAUGGAAAACGUUCAAGAAUUAGGCACAACUCCAUUUUCAACUGCGUUUUACCAAAAUUUCUUUUUCAGAAUCUUGGCUGAUACCUUUUCGGUUUUAACCGAUUCUGACCAUAAAUCUGGUUUCCGUUAUCAGGCACAAUUAAUUGGCAAAAUGAUAAAAUUAGUUCAACAAAAUGUUAUUCAAGUUCCUAUAUAUAAUAAAGGUGAAGCACCAGAAGGAACAUCUAAUUCCGUUUACCUUAAACAAUUUAUUGGAAAUAUGUUAAUAAAUGAAUUCCCACAUUUACAACCGUCUCAAGUGGAAAACUUUAUUACUGUUUUAAUUAAUCAACACAAUGAUCCUAAUAAAUUUAAGAGUACAUUAAGAGACUUUUUAGUUCAACUUAAAGAACUUGGAGGUGACCCAACUGAUUAUUUAUUUGCUGAAGAUAAAGAAUCAGAAUUACUUGAAAAACAACGUUUAGAAAGGCAAAAUGCUAUGAAAGUUGGUGGUUUGUUGAAACCAUCUGAAAUGGAUGAUGAUUGA